AUGGUCUGGAGUCAUUCCAAGUCCCACUGCCUCUGGUUCGCGAUGCAGGUGAAUUGGGCCAAGCUGCGGGCACUACGGACCAACGUGAAGGACUUCUGCGAGAGGGUUGGCAGGACCGUUUUUGCGUCCAAGCCGGGAUUCUAUAUCCCGAAGAUCUACCUGGUGGGCGAGGACAUUGACCCUACCAAUCUCAAUGAGGUGAUCUGGGCUGAAGCUACACGGUGUCAGCCACAAGUGAACGAAUUCUUCUUCGAUGCGUAUGGCAAUAUCCCUCUUAUUCCAUACGUCAGUCACGGGCUCAAAGAGACAAGAAACCACGUCAAGGCUGUUCGUUGCUGCAUGUUCCCCGCGGAAUUCACCGAGUCGAAUCUGAACUGGAAACAUGGCUCAUUCCGCGGGUCCUAUUCUCAAGAGAUCCAAGACAAGGUAGAUGGCCAAUGGGCUGAGUACGGCUUUUAG